AAAUAUUUCAGCCUAUACCGAUAAUAUUAACCUUCUUUAAGCCAAUAAAUUAUUGAGAGUUAUUGUGGGACUCAGAUAGUGAACAUUUGAGCUGCGCAGAGAGUUCAAUUCAGUCGAAGCUGGAGCGAGGUGAAGACAGUCGUGGAUAGACCCUGUUCAUGGUUUGAAUAUGCCCAAUUUUAUAUACUGUUGCUUACCAAAACCGUCGGGUCGAUGGUGAAAAGAAAGAAGACAUCAUCUGCUGUCGAAGAGCAUGAAAAUGGGUAACCUUGUCUGAUAAAGAAGCACUUUAAAUAGAGGUCGAAUGUAUCGAAAGGUUUUACGUUGUCGUUUCAGCGGGCGCUAAACUCAGGGGCGCUCGUUUUUGAAUUUCGGAUAAAAAUAAAACAAUAUAAACUGUUAGAAGUUUAAGAUAACUAACAAAAACACACGAGCAAGGUAUAGUAAUAUUUUGGCUUUCAAAAUGUUAAUGAAAACAUAUAUAGAUAGAAUUUUCGUGUUUCGAUGGGACGGUGAGAGGGGAUUUGAAACAAACAGCGGCGGCCAUAUUGAGAGAAACAGAACGUCGUCUUUUUUAAGUUGAUUUGCGUUGUGAUGUCAUUUAAUUGUUAAACAUUUGUAUUGAUUGUGUUUCGCCAGGAUGACAGUUGGGCUGAGAGACGGCAUCGGUGUCGAUGGCCCGAAUAAUUCGGGCAGAAAGCUUGAAGGUUGUGACGAGGAGGAGAGCGGAGAUCAGGGGAGCGAGAAGCGUAGUACAAAGAGAGACGGAGUGGAAAUUCUUAAUCCAUCAACUACGGGCUGCUCCAGUUCAGCACCAGUAAUUCUCACAUCCGUAUCGAACCCGUCUGGACCUUGUUCGAGCCAACAGCCCCCAUCCUCGACAGCACCCACCGCACCGAGUCACGACCAGCAUCAUUUUCUGAGAUCCAGCGUUCGACCCCCAAGCAAACGAAUCCGGAAGGAUUCCAUCUCCCCAACUAUCAAUGGUCACGGCGGGGCGAAAUCGAAAGGUAUGCCGUGAAAGUGUUUGUGCCUGGGGUUACCUGUUUAUCUGUGUUAAAGGAGUACCCCAUCCCUUUACUCUCCGCUGGUAGUGGACCUAGCUACUUUUGUCAAUCCAUUAAUGAUGGUUGAAUAUGGUCAGUGUUUUGAAUGCACGAUAUUGCGUCUAUGCUGGUCGUAUCUAUACAAAACGGAGACUUUGCAUCAUGCAAGUUUCUUUUUAGAUAUAUUACAUUAUUGUACCAUUAUUACAAUUACUAUACCGGUAUUCAUAUUUUAUUAAAUGCACAUUUUGCGGUAAUGGAAGAAUACUCAACAUAAAAUAAUUAUGACUCAACAUAAUAUUUUUAGAAGCAGUGCUCACUCUGUUGUUGAGGAUUGGGUUGUGUGUCUGUCUCUCCUGACCUGCACAUUGUGAGGUGGCGUCCAUUGUUGCUCCAAGCCAGCCUCGCGUGUUGUUUUUGGAACUUCGCUCCGGUCCUCAUUGCAGCCCCGGCAAACGGAACCGACGACUUCCUUUCCUGCUGCCUCACUUCGCCAGCACUUCAGCCACAGGAGGGGAGGGUCUCUGUAGUGUGUGUUGUAUUUUGGAGGACGGUGAUGUUGCAUGUGACACUGGCCUCAGACUGUUUGUGCUAAAACUGGCAUUAUAACCAGUUGUUUUUGAAAAGCUAUUGGUCUCUGUAUCUCCUCUCUGUUGCGUAGAGACACGUUACUUAAGGAUAGUGCAAAGUAACCCCCCCGCCUUCUGCUUCUUCUACCCUCUUCUCAACGUGAGCUUUUGGUAUGAUAUUUAAGUUGUGACACUUGCUUUUCUCUUGCUCACUGUGCUACUUUCUCACUCAUUCUCUCACACAACUCACUCUCGCAUGUACACUCUAUCACUCACUCACUGUCUCCCACAAAACACUCUCAUAUACACUGAACAAAAAUAUAAAUGCAACAUGUAAGGUGUUGGUCCCAUGAGCUGAAAUAAAAUCCCAGAAAUUUUCCAAACGCAGUUUUUUUUCUCUGAAAUGUUGUGCACAAAGUUGUUUACAUCCCUGUUACUGAGCAUUUCUACUUUGCCAAUAUAAUCCAUCCACCUGACAGGUGUGGCAUAUCAGGAAGCUGAUUAAACAGCAUGAUCAUUACACAGGUGCACCUUGUGCUGAGGAUAAUAAAAGGCCACCCGGACAGCUGAUGAAACUGUGGGUUUGCACAGCUGAAGAUUUUAUGCACAAACUGUAACAAACCAUCUCAGGGAAGCUUAUCUUGCGUGCUCGUCGUCCUCACCAGGGUCUUGACCUGACUGAAGAUAGGCGUCGUACCUGACUUCAGUGGGCAAAUGCUCACCUUCGAUGGCGACUGGCACGCUGGAGAAGUGUGCUCUUCACAGAUAAAUCCUUGUUUCAACUGUACCAGGCAGACGGCGUGUAUGGUGUCGUGUGGGCGAGCAGUUUGCUGAUGUCAACGUUGUGAACAGUGUGCCCUGUGGUGGCGGUGGGGUUAUGAUAUAGGCAGGCAUAAGGUACGGACAACGAACACAAUUUCAUUUUAUCAAUGGCAAUUUGAAUGCACAGAGAUAUCGUGACGAGAUCCUGAGGACCAUUGUCGUGCCAUUCAUCUGCUGCCAUCACCUAAUGUUUCAGCAUGAGAAUGCACGGCCCCAUGUCGCAAGGAUCUGUACACAAUUCCUGGAAGCUAAAAAUGUCCCAGUUCUUCCAUGGCCUACAUACUCACCAGACAUGUCACCCGUUGAGCAUGUUUGGCAUGCUCGGGAUCGACGUGUACGACAGCGUGUUCCAGUUCCCGCCAAUAUCCAGCAACUUCGCUCAGCCAUUGAAGAGGAGUGGGACAACAUUCCACAGGCCACAAUCAAGAGCCUGAUCAACUCUAUGCGAAGGAGAUGUCGCGCUGCAUGAGGCCACACCAGAUACUGACUGGUUUUCUGAUCCACCCCCUUUAAAAAAGAAAAGAAAAGAAAGGUAUUCGUGACCAACAGACGCAUAUCUGUAUUCCCAGUCAUGUGUUGUCUUGCCUAGGGCGGCAGAACGUACUGGGCCGCUCUGCUGCCGACACAUUUAUUUUGGUGCACGCGCGUGCACACACAGGAGACAUUCAUAGUGCUAAAUAGAGGGAAGACAAUCUUCCGCUUUAGUGCCAACCCUGCCUUGUACAUCAUAAGUCCUUUUAAUAUUUUCAGGCGAAUAGCUAUAAAAAUUUUGAUACAUUCUCUUUUCAGCAUGAUCAUUAUGUGUACUAUUUUGACCAACUGUAUAUUCAUGACUUUUAGUGAUCCUCCGGAGUGGUCCAAGCAAGUAGAGUACACAUUCACAGGGAUUUAUACGUUUGAAUGUCUUGUAAAAAUCGUCGCUCGAGGAUUCUGUAUAGAUGGGUUUACAUUCCUAAGGGAUCCCUGGAACUGGCUGGAUUUCAUGGUCAUUUCUAUGGCGUAUAUAACAGAGUUUGUAAACCUAGGCAAUGUCUCAGCUCUGCGCACAUUCAGAGUGUUGAGGGCAUUGAAAACUAUUUCUGUAAUUCCAGAUAUAUAACAGAGUUUGUGGACCUGGGCAAUGUCUCUGCGCUGAGAACAUUCAGAGUUCUCCGAGCAUUGAAAACUAUCUCUGUCAUACCAGGCUUUGCAGUCUACUCCAGGGUCCUCCAAAGUUUCUCUCUUCUGCCCCAGUAGAAGUCUCAUCCUAAAGGCAGCUGUGGUUCUGCUAUGGCUAUUAAUUGGCGCUUGCAACGCCAGGGUUGUGGGUUCGAUUCCCACAGGGGGGCCAGUAUGAAAUAUGUAUGCACUCACUAACUGUAAGUCGCUCUGGAUAAGAGCGUCUGCUAAAUGACUAAAAUGUAAAUGUAAAAUGUAAAUCCAUAGAUUAGAGCCUAAUUAUUUUUUUUCAAUUGACUGAUUUCCUUAUAUGAACUGUGACUCAGUCAAAUCUUUGAAAUUGUUGCAUGUUAUUAUUUAAUUGUUGCUUUAUUUAGUAAAUUAUUUCUUGACUCUUAUUUUUCUUAAUUGCACUGUUGGUUAAGGGCUUGUAAGUAAGCAUUUCACGGUAAAGUCUACACCUGUUGUAUUCAGCGCAUGUGACAAAUAAAAGUUGAUUUGAUGUUGCGUUUGUUUUUCUUCAGUGUACGUUUCCUCAUCCUUUCUCCCCCUCUCACACAGGCUCAGAGAAUGGUCCCUCUCACCAGGUGUCGGCUGGUCAGUCCGGCUCCACGUCAGGCUCUACGGGGCCCUCAGGCAAGGCGGCCCCUAGAGGCCAAGGGCCCGGAGACAAGGAGGAGCCGGUGGGCAGUCAGAAGAGACCCCGGAGGCAGUGGGAGUCCUGGAGUGCAGAGGACAAGAACAGCUUCUUCGAAGGGCUCUACGAGGUAAGUAAACUUUUUGAGUAGUAUGAAAUAUAAAUAUAUGCGCAGUGGAAGCUAAUUUAUAGCAAUGUCGGAGGAGACCGCCUGUGCAUCUUAUUACAUCUUCCCAACUGGAAGCCCCCUCUAGAGCUAGCUAGGGGUCCUUUCACCAGUGUUUUCACCCUGGGUAAGGGAGUUUUUCCGGGAUAUUAGACUGCUUUCUUUCAAACCGCUGAAGACAAUGUCUGAAAAAUACAGCUAAUGUUUUCUUUCCAAUUAGCAUUUUUUAUUAUGAGCAACUUCAUAAUAAAAAUAAUACACCGAUUUGUAUAUAGCACUUUUCAUGGACUCAAAGAUGUUUCAAGUCCAUAUUCGAAGAUGCAGUACAAUUUUUGUAUUUGUUAUUUAUAUCACACAUUUCAUAUGACAAGUCAGAAAUGAUAAACAAUAUCUAAAGUGUGGCUGCUGUCGCAAGCCAUAUUAAUAAGUCAGAAGUAUGUCGAAGAUUUAAAGUGGACUCUUUCUUCACAGGCCCUUAUAAUAAUUGAUUGCAUUUAUAUAGUGCCUUUCCACCUACAGUAGGUGCUCAGUGCAGUAAGGGGGGGAAACUCACCUCUUCCACCACCAAUAUUUAGCACUGCAACCAUUUUGUGCCAGAACAUUCACCAAACAUCAGCCAUUAUGGUGGAGAGGUGAGGAGUGAUGUAUGCCAAUUGGGAAUCAAUGGGAUGAUUAGGUGGCCAUGAUUGAAAGGGGCCAGGUUGGGAAUUUUCCCAGGACACCAGGGUUAACACUCUUACAAAAAGUGGCAUGGGAUUUUCUAUGACCACAGAGACGGCACCCUAUGCAGGGCAAUGUCCUGGGAUCUCCAUAGACCAGAGGGAAGAGUGCCCACUACUCCAACACAACUUCCAUAUCUCUAGUGGUGUCUCUCUCUCUCGCUCUCUGUAGCAUGGGAAGGACUUUGAGGCGAUCCAGACAAACAUAGCGUUGAAACAUAAGAAGAAGGGGAAGCCAGCCAGCAUGGUGAAGAACAAGGAGCAAGUCCGACACUUCUACUACCGCACCUGGCACAAGAUAUCCAAGCACAUCGACUUCGCUAACGGUAAGCUAGCUUUAUCUGUCUCUCUCUGUCUCGCUCUCUUCUCUCUCGUUAUUUCUUCAAUAGAAAUCUCCACUCACCUCUUGCUUGUUUGCACAGUCUCACUUUCUCUUUAUUAUGCCUGUGUUUUGGUUUGUUGACUAAAAAACGUUGACCUUCAAAAUCGGUGUGAAACCGCAAGCAACCAGCUUUUUAUGAAGACCAGUUGGCAUUUGCAAGUGAAACUUUGCAUAUAGGUUGCAGGCAAUCUGCAGUAAUUUCUUCUUUUGAAUCCUAUUAUGUUUGUGAUACACACACACACACACACACACCUGCAAGCGACUCAUUAAAUGUUCGAGUUAAACUCUGUCUUUUGAGCUUACCAUCAGUGUGAGACCCAUUUACAUUGUUUGUGGAGCACCCAAGAUCACUGGUGUGCUGUAGUUUUUUUCUUCUCAUUUUUAUCCCCUAACAUGCCCAGUUCCUCCUGUCCCACAGUGUACUCCCGUGUGCUGAAGAAGUCCUCUCAGGAGCUGUACGGUCUCAUCUGCUACGCCGAGCUCCGGAAGAAGGUUGGAGGAUGUAAGUCAAGCAGGGUGUGUGUGUGUGUGUGGUGGGGGGGGGGGGACGCCUGUAUCUGUCUGUGUCUUGGAUGGUGUGUUUGUGACACACCAGCCUCAGUCUGGCUCUGUUUCUGCUGCUGGGGCUGGUUGGCUGCGAGGGAGCUGAUUAAGUGUUGGGCUGGGCCCGGCCAUGGUCAUUGGGGAUGGUUAAAAGUGUGGCGCAGGUCAUGAGGGAUGAUAUGUUAUUAAUGUCCUAUGUCUGUGUUAGUCUUGUUUCCCAAAGAUGGCAAGCUUUUCUACCUCUGUUGCAGGUCAUUGCAGAUGUUAUGUUAAUUUCUGUGUUGUCUUCACAAAGCAAGAGCAAGGAGGUACGCACUCUAUCUUUUCUAACUCUGUUGUUGUUCAUAGUGAUGGACGAUAAGAACGUGGCCAAGCUUAACGAGCUCAUCCAACAGGGGUAAGACUGAGACCAAAAAUUAUACCAAUGUAACCACAGCUUUUAAAAAUAUAUCACCUCUUUUCUCCAAGACUUUAGGGUUAUAAGUAGUUGAUUCGUUUAUACAUUUGAAAUAAACCGUUAUAUACCCUAACCGGCCAGUUUUGAUUAUGUACACCCAUCUAGUACCUGGUCGGUACCCCCUUUGCCUCUAGAACAGCCUGAAUUAUUCGGGGCAUGGAUUCUACAAGUCGGAAACGUCCAUACUGACAUCACGCAGUUGCCGCAGAUUGGAUGGCAGUACGCCGCCACCACCAACCUGUACCGUUGACACCAGGCAGGAUGGGUCCAUCCUUACUGUGCCAUCCGCAUGACGCAACUAGAACCGGGAUUCGUCGGACCAGGCAAUGUUUUUCCACUCCUCAGUUGUCCAGUGUUGGUGAUCGCGUGCCCACUGGAGCCCCUUCUUCUUGUUUUUAGCUGAUAAGUGUGGAACCAGGUGUGGUCAUCUGCUGCAAUAGCCCAUCCGUGACAAGGAUCGACGUGUUGUGCGUUCCGAGAUGCCGUUCUGCACACCACUGUUGUAUUGCGCCAUUAUUUGUCUGUUUGUGGCCCGCCUGUUAGCUUGUAUGAUUCUUGCCAUUCUCCUUCGACCUCUCAUCAACGAGCUGUUUUUGCCCACAGGACUGCGGCUGACAAUGUUUUUUGUCGCACCAUUCUCAGGAAAUCCAAGACACUGUUGUGCAUGAAAAGCCCAGGAGGGCCGCCGUUUAUGAGAUACUCGAUACGGGGUGCCUGGCACAGAUGAUCAUACCAUGCUUCAAGUUGCUUAUGUCACUUGUUUUGCCCAUUCUAAUGUUCAGUCAAACAGUAACUGGAUGCCUGUCUGCCUGCUUUAUAUAGCAAGCCACGGCCACGUAGGAGUGAGGCAUUUUCGUGAAAAGGGUGGUGUACCUCAUAAACUGGCCGGUGUGGAUAUAUACUGAACAAUAAUAUAAAUGCGACAUGGAAAGUGUUGGUCCCAUGGUUCAUGAGCUGAAAUAAAAGAUCCCAGAAAUUUUCCAUAUGCAAAUAAAGCUUAUUUAUCUCAAUUAUUUUGCACAAAUUUGUUUACAUCCCUGUUAGUGAGCAUUUCUCCUUUGCCAAGAUAAUCCAUCCACCUGACAGGUGUGGCAUAUAAAGAAGCUGAUUAAACGGCAUGAUCAUUACACAGGUGCACCUUGUGCUGGGGUCUAUAAAAGGCCACUAAAAUGUGCAGAUUUGUCACACAACACAAUGCCACAGAUGUCUAAAAUUUUGAGGGAGUGUGCAAUUGGCAUGCUAACUGCAGGAAUAUCCACCAGAGCUGUUGGCAGAUAAUUGAAUGUUCAUUUCUCUACCAUAAGCCACAUCCAACUUUGUUUUAGAGAAUUUGGCAGUACAUCCAACCGGUCUCAAAACCUCCACAUCCUGCUUCUUCACCUGCGUGAUCGUCUGAGACCAGCCAACCGGACAGUUGAUGAAACUGAGGAUUAUUUCUGUCUGUAAUAAAUCCCUUUUGUGAGGGAAAAACUAAUUCUGAUUGGGUGGGCCUCCCACCAAUGGCUGUGUCCAUGCCCAGUCAUGUGAAAUCCAUAGAUUAGGGCCUAAUUCAUUUAUUUCAAUUGACUGAUUUCCUUACUGUCAAAUUCUCUAAAAUGACAUUGGAGGCAGCAUAUGGUAAAGAAAUGAACAUUCAAGUUUCUGGCAACAGCUCUGGUGGACAUUCCUGAAGUCAGCAUGCCAAUUGCACCCUCCCUCAAAACUUGAGACAUCUGUAGCAUUUUGUUGUGUGACAACUGUGGCUUUUUAUUAUUCCCAGCACAAGGUGCACCUGUGUAAUGAUCAUGCUGUUUAAUCAGCUUCUUGAUAUUCCACACCUGUCAGGUGGAUGGAUUAUCUUGGCAAGGUAGAAAUGCUCACAAGAUUUGAGAAAAAUAAGCUCGCAUAUGGAACAUUUCUGGGAUUUUUUUUAUUGCAGUUUAUGAAACAUGGGAUCAACACUUUACAUGUUGAGUUUAUAUUUUUGUUCAGUGUAGUUGAAAUUGUGCAAAUUGUGCAAUUGUUGUUUGGGUGUAGUUUGUGUGUUUUGCGGUUCUCUCAUGGCUCUGCUGUAUUCUCCAGGGCCACCACGGUGCGUUCUAAAGGCAGGAACCUGCGCAUCAAAGCUCCCAUGUGCCGUGCGCUCAAGAGGCUGUGUGACCCAGAUGGUGAGUGUACACACAAACCCACGCACUCACAGGCACAGACACACAGUGACAGACACUCACACAGCAGGAAGAGGGAGGAAGAGUAUGAAUGGGGAUGUUGAGUCAUGCAUGUGGGCAGAAGGGGAUGGAUUUCCAUGGCAAUACUCAGGAAGGGGGUGGUAUGAGUAAGUGGUGGUGAUGCUGAUCAUCUCAGGACCGGAGAGAACAAAUCUUAUCCCUCUUUCCUUUUACACCUCCCUCCCUCUCACUCUCUCUAGGAGUGAGUGAUGAAGAGGACCAGAAGCCUGUGCGUCUACCUCUGAAGGUUGCCGUGGAGCUGCAGCCGCGUAGCAAUCACUCCUGGGCCCGUGUCCAGAGUCUGGCCCAUAAUCCCCGCCUCAGGUCAGUGUCAACUGACUAUAAAGUCCUUUCCAAAGCCUUCGACACUGCUGACAAUCACAUUCUCAUUCCAAAUAGGCCUGAAUCAGGCUUCUUGCAAGUAGUUUUAGAAUUUUGUCAGACAGGACACUGUGUGAUUUCUGAUGGUGGUAAGUGUAGCUUCCUGGAUAUUACGAAAGGUGUACCGCAGGGUCAGUAUUGGGACUGUUUGAUGGACUACAUAUUUAUUCAUUGAGUGUUUGUCCCAUCGAUCGGGUUCCCCCCUAUAAAUGUCUGGGCAUUUGGAUUGACAAACAUUUAAUGUUUAAAAAACAAACGGAUGAGCUAGUUAAAAAGCAAAUUUUUUGAAAUACUAUAGAUGUUGCCUCUCCCUAAACAGCAAGAAGCAGAUUGUACAGUCAACUUUCCUGCCAGUUCUUGACUAUGUUGACACCAUUUACCAGAAUGCAGCAACCACUACUCUUAAACCAUUGGAUGCAGUAUUAACAUAGCGCCCUUCACUUUAUCACAGGUGACAGUUUUAAUACUCAUCACUGCAUCCUGUAUCAAAAGGUUGUCUGGUCCUCAUGAAAGUCCUGUAGAUCAUUUCACUAUUCCCUUUUUGUUUACGAAGCUCUACUACAAGCUUCCGACUUACCUAACUUUGUUGAUGAAGUAUAAAAACGUGUUACCAAACCCGUUCUUGAGGUUCCUCGGGUCUCCAUCAAAUUUAGUAAAUCCGCUUUUAGUUUUAAUGAACCUCACUGCUGGAAGAAUUUACAAAACUCAUUACAAUUGGAUGUUCUGGUGCCGCUCAGGCAAUUUCAAGUGUUAAUUGAGGACCUUGUAGCUGAGGAAUGUAACUUGGGCUGUGGCGGUCAUACAAUUUUAUCAGCCGGUGAUUGCCAAAUAACUGCAGGUCUCAUGGUAAUUGACCGUUAAUUAACAAACACAUUUAGCAUCUCCUGGCUUCCACACAUAGCCUACAAGCCACUGAUGCAGACCUUUGGAACAUCUACAUUUUAAAAAGUCUAAUAAAUCCAUUUAAUAUAGCCUACAUCAUCACAAUAAAUCAAUUAUUUAAUUUUGACAGGUCUAAAGAAACAUGAUAUGAAGAAAAUGUAUUAUAUUUUAGAAGAACAGAAUAACAUACUCUGAGUUGUUCUUAUGUUAGGCUCUGAAAAAUCCAGAAUAUCACAUUGUAUGAUUAUUAAGUAAUGAAUUUGCAUUUUAUUGCAUGACAUAAGUAUUUGAUACAUCAGAAAAGCAGAACUUAAUAUUUGGUACAGAAACCUUUGUUUGCAAUUACAGAGAUCAUACGUUUCAUGUAGGUCUUGACCAGGUUUGCACACACUGCAGCAGGGAUUUUGGCCCACUCCUCCAUACAGACCUUCUCCAGAUCCUUCAGGUUUCGGGGCUGUCGCUGGGCAAUACGGACUUUCAGCUCCCUCCAAAGAUUUUCUAUUGGGUUCAGGUCUGGAGACUGGCUAGGCCACUCCAGGACCUUGAGAUGCUUCUUACGGAGCCACUCCUUAGUUGCCCUGGCUGUGUGUUUUGGGUUGUUGUCAUGCUGGAAGACCCAGCCACGACCCAUCUUCAAUGCGCUUACUGAGGGAAGGAGGUUGUUGGCCAAGAUCUCGCGAUACAUGGCCCCUUCCAUCCUCCCAUCAAUACGGUGCAGUCGUCCUGUCCCCUUUGCAGAAAAGCAUCCCAAAAUAAUGAUUUUUCCACCUCCAUGCUUCACGGUUGGGAUGGUGUUCUUGGGGUUGUACUCAUCCUACUUCCUCCAAACACGGCGAGUGGAGUUUAGACCAAAAAGCUCUAUUUUUGUCUCAUCAGACCACAUUACCUUCUCCCAUUCCUCCUCUGGAUCAUCCAGAUGGUCAUUGGCAAACUUCAGACGGGCCUGGACAUGCGCUGGCUUGAGCAGGGGGACCUUGCGUGCGCUGCAGGAUUUUAAUCCAUGACGGCGUAGUGUGUUACUAAUGGUUUUCUUUGAGACUGUGGUCCCAGCUCUCUUCAGGUCAUUGACCAGGUCCUGCCGUGUAGUUCUGGGCUGAUCCCUCACCUUCCUCAUGAUCAUUGAUGCCCCACGAGGUGAGAUCUUGCAUGGAGCCCCAGACCGAGGGUGAUUGACCGUCAUCUUGAACUUCUUCCAUUUUCUAAUAAUUGCGCCAACAGUUGUUGCCUUCUCACCAAGCUGCUUGCCUAUUGUCCUGUAGCCCAUCCCAGCCUUGAGCGGGUCUACAAUUGUAUCCCUGAUGUCCUUACACAGCUCUCUGGUCUUGGCCAUUGUGGAGAGGUUGGAGUCUGUUUGAUUGAGUGUGUGGACAGGUGUCUUUUAUACAGGUAACGAGUUCAAACAGGUGCAGUUAAUACAGGUAAUGAGUGGAGAACAGGAGGGCUUCUUAAAGAAAAACUAACAGGUCUGUGAGAGCCGGAAUUCUUACUGGUUGGUAGGUGAUCAAAUACUUAUGUCAUGCAAUAAUAUGCAAAUUAAUUACUUAAAAAUCAUACAAUGUGAUUUUCUGGAUUUUUGUUUUAGAUUCCGUCUCUCACAGUUGAAGUGUACCUAUGAUAAAAAUUACAGACCUCUACAACUUCUGACCCACUGGAAUUGUGAUACAGUGAAUUAUAAGUGAAAUAAUCUCUGUAAACAAUUGUUGGAAAAAUGACUUGUGUCAUGCACAAAGUAGAUGUCCUAACCGACUUGCCAAAACUAUAGUUUGUUAACAAGAAAUUUGUGGAGUGGCUGAAAAACGAGUUUUAAUGACUCCAGCCUAAGUGUAUGGAAACUUCCGACUUCAGCUGUAUAUCAUUCACAAGUGAUAGUCUGAUGGGUGACAAUAUUAGCCUAUUCUUAAUUUAAUCUUUACAUAUACUAAAUCAUAUAUGUGUGAAAUUUGUUUUGAUUUAGAAUGGACCGUUAUCAUGCACCCGUCUGGAAACAACAGGGGCAGGGGGAAAAAUAUAUGUAUAUGCACUUAAAUAGUGAAUGGAGGACGCUUUUCCCGUCGUUCAUUUUCAUGCCAGCCAGGUAGGCUAUACUCCGGUUGUAAAGAGAAACAAUGUGCUUAAUAUUAGGAAAAUUCAUGAAUAAAUAUAGUAGGCCUAGCCUAUAGAAAGCUGAUGGGAUCCUCCUCUUUUUAAUUUUAACAGCAUCAGAGCUUGGAGAAGCCUAAUUACCGUGACUAAACGAUCACGUGGAAUUUGACUGCGGUCAUGACUCGUGACAGCCGGUUUGGCGGUAAUACGAUCACCGUAACUGUGCUAAAUGUUGUGCUGUAUUUUUAUUUUACUUUGUAUUGAUUGCUGUUUUGUUUCACAUUGUAUUUGAUUGUUGGUCUCAAUGGGUUUUCCCUGAAUAAAUAAUAUAUCAAUUUUUUUUCAAGUUGAACAUUAGGCGUGUUUGAACGUAAGAUGGACAUCACCAUAAUCUUUAUGCUUCUGGGAAACACAACCCUGACUGUUUGGAUCCCCAUACAUAGCGGCCAUUACAUGAGGCAUAUUGUCAUUAUCAUAUUUUGGUUUCAAGAUGAGUUUUGCUAGGUUGUAUCCUGCUGAACAUGCCCGUCAGUGUUUGAGCUGUGUGUUGCGUACAGGAGCUGUCUUUGCUGAGAAAUUCAAUAUUUUCUAACAUUGUCCGUUCUUCUGUGUGGUGAUGUAGGAUGGUGGUGGAGCUGCAUAGGAAGGUGUCCAGCCUGAUUGAGUUCCUGAAACAGAAGUGGGCCGUCCAGGACCUGCGCAUCGUAUCCUUCCACAUCACAACAGUCACGUCAUGUCCAUCUUAUAGCACUUAGACCGCAACCUAGCUGCAAAAAAAAAAAACUUGAUCUGGUCAAGUAUAGAAUCGCAUGAAAUUAGCACCAGACAACCAGCUGGUAAAAAGUCUAAAAUGAGCUGAUCUAUAGUACUUCAAGAGAUCAACAGAUAAUAUUUAGCCUAGUUGAUCAUCAAUUCCUGGAUCUGGUCUUGUUUUUGUUUGACUUUGAAUCUACCCCAUCUCUGCUGACCCUCCUUGACCGUACUGUGUUCAGCUGAAGAGCCUGCAGGAACGCGAGGCGUUAGAGGGAACCCAGCAGCACAGUGGUAGCGGCAGCCCUGCUCUCCCCUGCAGAGCAGACAAGGAGGACCUGUUCCUGUACCCAGCUGAGACCAGCACCCUGACCGCCCUGCCCAGCGUAGCCCGUGUGGUCCACUCCAAGGCCUCCUGCACCGUCCACUGGCAGGAGAGUGGCAAGCCCCGGCCCGGCCCCAAGGAGCUGAUCCCCACUGCCCAGAUUCUGGGCAUCCAGGGGGCCCCGCUCCUCCCCCGGGUGGGUGUGGCCAAACCUGGACGGGGCGGUGGUGGUGGGGACGCUCGACGGGUUGGGGGAGAGACCCCCGUAUCUACGCCUGAAGGAGGAACGUCAGGAGGAGCAGGGCCAGAGGACAAGAAUCCGAACCAGAUAACAUCUCCACCUCCUCUUCCUCCUCCUUCGUCUUCGCUGCUGUUGUCUACAGCUCAGAAACAGGAGGGUGGUGCAGCCGCGGGGCAGGUGGAAGGGGAGAAGGGGCUGGGGGGAGGACCAGGGGUAGGGGAGGCCUUGGGGUCCAAGGAAGGAGAAAGGGACUCCAAUUGUCAGGGCCAGGGGGGCGGUUCUUGCUCUGCUGCUGAUCCGUGCAGGGAUGAAGAGCGGACCCCAGGGGUUAACGGUAGUGACAGUGCCUCUCCAGAGAGGAACUCCCUCCCCCUGUUGGACCCCCUGGUUCCCACCACACCUCCACCGGCAACGGUACCACGACAGGUGGAGGACGUCCCUCCAGACCAGGUGCAGGGGAGGGCAGCAGCCACAGGAAAGGAGGAGUCCGGUGGGGUUGGAGGAGGAGGCAGGACCCCAACCCCGGUGUCCGGCGGUCGGUCGGCCCAGCGGAUCUGUGAGGAGGGCUGGAGCUCGCGGGGGACAGACAGCAACGUGACUCUGGCAGAGCUGUACCUAAUGCUGGGGAAACCUGGGAAACUGCAGCUGGAGUACGAGUGGCAGCCGGCUGCUGUUGCAGCCCCGGAGCUGGAGGAGGAGGGGCUACAGUCACCACGCCCCCUGCCCCCACCAUCCACCCACCGCGUUCUGCGCUGUCUGCUCCGACUGGUGUCAUCAGAGGUCAACCCCAAACCUGUGAGUCAGCACCGCCUAGUGGGGCAAAUUCUUAAUAGCCACUGGCCACAUUCAAAUUCUCUACACUUCGCCCGAAGUGUGCACUCCUGCACUCUCCCUCAUGGAUUGAAAAGUAAUCGACUGGUGUGAGGGUUAUGGUGGAAACUCCCUCUAGACAUGCUUACACCAAACAUUUUAAAUGCAUGAGGGGGAGGGAACGAGUGCACACUUCUGGAGAAGGGUAGAGAAUCGGAAUGCAGACACUUUGUAGGAGACUUUGUAAACACAUUAUGCAAUUUUAUAGCCUUAAGUCAUUUUGUUUUCUUCUAAUGCUCUCUCCCCUCUCCUUUUCUCUCCUCCAGGCCCCAGAGCUGUGCUCCACAGCCACGUCUCCGGUAAAGCCAUCCCAGGAGGAACAGUCCCUCACCCCCCCAGGCAAGGCCCUGGCUGUGGGGGUACGGAGCCCCAACUAUGGACGACUGCAGCCCCUGGGAGUCCGAGCGGCAAAGUUGAUGUUACCAAACACCGGAUCCUCCGGUAGCUUACCAAACUCCUCUCACAAGCAAAUGCAAACACACACACAACCUACACUUAUCGAAACUUCUCCAGUAACUCCAAAGUUGUAGGUCAGAGGAUCAAUACUUGAAGUAGUGUUUGUCUUUUACCUGUAUCUUUGUAAAACAUCUCAUGUACAACAAUACUAAUUAACUGUAACCUUGGCUUUGAACCCCUCCUCAGGUCGUAACCUCCCGCGGUCUCUGCUGGUGUCCGGGGGGGACUCAGAUGGUGGGGUGUUUGCCAUACCCACCACCCUGCCCCCCAACAGCUCCCGACACUCCCGCAUGUUCUCCCCCAACAAGGAGGCCGAGCUCGCCUUCCGACAACAGCUCGACUCCAUCGGCGUAAGGACAUUUUGCAUACUCUCUCUCUCUCGCCAUCCCCCUUUUCAUAUCACUCUCCUCCUAGGACCUUUUACGUACACCAUCCUAAGGUUUAUUUUGUCUGUCUCAGAAAAAUAAACUAGCUGGACUCUCCAUCUCUGUCCAUCCCUUCUAAUAAUGGUUUCCUUAUCCCUCUUCAGGGAUGCAAACUCGUUACUUUUCGGUGAUAUUCGAUAUACAGUGCAUUCGGAAAGUAUUCAGACCCCUUCACUUUUUCCACAUUUUGUUACGUUACAGCCUUAUUCUAAAAUGGAUUAAAUUAUUAUUAUUAUUUAUUUUUCCUCAUCAAUCUACACACAAUACUCCAUAAUGACAAGGCAAAAACAGGCUUUUGGAAAUGUUUGCACAUUUAUUUGAAAUAAAAAAUAGAAAUACCUUAUAAGUAUUCAGACCCUUUGCUAUGAGACUCGGUGCAUCCUGUUUCCAUUGAUCAUCCUUGAGAUGUUUCUACAACUUGAUUGGAGUCCACCUGUGGUAAAUUCAAUUGAUUGGACAUGAUAUGGAAAGGCACACACCUGUCUAUAUAAGCUCCCACAGUUGACAGUGCAUGUCAGAGCAAAAACCAAGCCAUGAGGUCGAAGGAAUUGUCCGUAGAGCUCCGAGACAGGAUUGUGUCGAGGCACAGAUCUGGGGAAGGGUACCAAAAAAUGUCUGCAGCAUUGAAGGUCCCCAAGAACACAGUGGCCUCCAUCAUUCUUAAAUGGAAGAAGUUUGGAACCACCAAGACUCUUCCUAGAGCUGGCUGCCCGGCCAAACUGAGCAAUCGGGGAAGAAGUGGCCUUGGUCAGGGAGGUGACCAAGAACCCGAUGGUCACUCUGACAGAGCUCCAGAGUUCCUCUGUGAAGAUGGGAGAACCUUCCAGAAGGACAACCAUCUCUGUAGAACUCCACCAAUCAGGCCUUUAUGGUAGAGUGGCCAGACGGAUGCCACUCCUCAGUAAAAGGCACAUGACAGCUCGCUUGGAGUUUGCCAAAAAGCACCUAAAGGACUCUCUGACCAUGAGAAACAAGAUUCUCUGGCUUGAUGAAACAAGAUUGAACACUUUGGCCUGAAUGCCAAGCGUCACGUCUGGAAGAAACCUGGCACCGCUCAUCACCUGGCCAGUACCAUCCUUACGGUGAAGCAUGAUGGUGGCAGCAUCAUGCUGUGGGGAUGUUUUUCAGCGGCAGGAACUGGAGAUUAGUCAGGAUCGAGGGAAAUAUGAACAGAACAAAGUACAGAGAGAUCCUUGAUGAAAACCUGCUCCAGAGCGCUCAGGACCUCAGACGAAGGUUCACCUUCCAACAGGACAACAAUCCUAAGCACACAGCCAAGACAACGCAGGAGUGGCUUCGGGACAAGUCUCUGAAUGUCCUUGGGUGGCCCAGCCAGAGCCCGGACUUGAACCCAAUCAACCAUCUCUGGAGAGACCUGAAAAUAGCUGUGCAGCGACGCUCUCCAUUCAACCUGACAGAGCUUGAGAGGAUCUGCAGAGAAGAAUGGGAGAAACUCCCCAAUACAGGUGUGCCAAGCUUGUAGCAUCAUACCCAAGAAGAUUCAAGGCUGUAAUCGCUGCCAAAGGUGCUUCAACAAAGUACUGAGGAAAGGGUCUGAAUACUUUUGCUUUGUCAUUAUGGGGUAUUGUGUGUAGAUUGAUGGAAAAAAACAAUUUCAUCCAUUUUAGAAUAAGGCUGUAACGUAACAAAAUGUGGAAAAAGUCAAGGGGUCUGAAUACUUUCCGAAGGCACUGUAAUUAUAGGACUCUUGUGGAUUUGUAUUAAUAAGCAAAGUGGAAACAACAUCGUAAUCAACAUUGUUGCAUGUGCUGCAUUGACCAUGCAGACUGAACACAGGUGUCUCGUGGUCAAGCAACAACAAAUGUGCUCCUUAAGUGACAGGGGGCAGGGCUAGUUCUGUGUGGAAAGCGGCAUGGAGAGAGCGCGGCGAGGGAUGACUGAAGUAGCGGUGUAAACUCUAAAAAUGGACGUUACACACGGCAUAUCACAUUUAACAAACCAAACAUUCAAAUACCCUUAUAGAAGGUAAAGUAAAAACCCAAACCGGUCCGUGCAUCAAUACCGGAAAAUAGUAAAAUACCGUAUACCGCCCAUCCCUAAGAGAGACCUCUGGCUUUCUCAUCCAAUGGGUUUUGAGAAGGAGAGAGGACGCGAGGAGUUUGAGAUUCUCCCACUGUUCAUCCAAUGUCACGUGUGACAGCUGUGAGCAGCCAGCCACAUCCCCUAACCAGCCAUUAGCCUACUCAACUGCUUCUCUCAGUCAAUUAUUUUUGUGCAUCUCCAUCAGUUUUCAAAUGUUAUUUACUGUGAUGGCGAGCUGGGGUUUGCAAACAGUGAUGUGGUUUCUGUUGCAUUUGUUUAAUUAUUCGAGCAGCUCGCAGCAUGAGCGAUGUGGAUACAUAUCUUUUUAUUUUGCCUGUAAGAAGAAGCAGGCCAGUCUGACUUUGCUGCCACGCAGUCUCUGAGGAAAAACGGAGUACAGUGACAGUCAUGCUUGUGUCUUUAGAAAAGUAAAAAUCAGAAGUUUCUAGCCCAAACCCCUUUCUACCGCGAAUACAUAAUUUUAUAAACCAUGUCGAAAGGCCAUUUUAAAUUACUUGUGGGCCGCAAGUGUUUGGUUUGAUAACAAAUUACCUUGUUUAGUAAUGUUACCUGGCUAGCUAGAAAACAACAUGGUGCCUUGGCUAUGCACACAUUUGGAUGGCACAGGAAAAAUUGAAAAAAGGGAUAGAUAGCCUACUUAAAGAGAUGCUUCAAAGGUAGGAUGCAUAUGCCUAAUCAAUGUCAUUCUAAGCUAAAUCUGAAUCAAAAAUCUAUCUUUUUCUGGUGUUCCUUAAAUUCUGUUUGGUGCCUAACUUUUGGGAGCCGUGUGUGUGUGGGAGGGAGAAAGAGUGAGUUAGUGAGCGAGAGGUGGUGUGUGGGAGGGAGGGAGAGUGUAGGCUGUGUGUGGAAAGUUGUCUAAAGAUGGCCUAACCCUAGUGUAAGCCUAACCCCUUACUGCCACAAUGAAAAUGCAGAUCAUUAUACAUGUAUAUUCCUUACUACAUUCCUCCUGCCCAAUCACAGCUAGGCCUUUGGAUAUGAGCAAAUCAGCUAUUUUCUGCAGUAGCCUUUUCUAUUAUACAGUAAUAAGUGUGACGUUUAAUCCAAUGUGUUGUAUUGAGUAGAGGUGUGAAUGUCAGGGACAAGUUUUUGUGCAGCACCCGUGCAGAACGUAUAGAAAAUGGGAACGGGCUACCUGGUGCCGAGCAAACCCCGUGGUAUCACGAUUCUACUCGGUAUCGUGAUACUUGGCCUGGUAUCAUAUUGUUAGUAAAAGUUGGUGUUGGGAUAACCUCAUUCUGAAAAAGGCACAUUUUCUUGCAGUUCAGAUUUUUUAAAACCUUUUUGGGCCCUCACCAGUUUGUAUCUCUGCCUCUUACAGAUGCAGUCAGACAUUUUCCUGCCAAAACAAAGGAAAAACAGGAGCCGGCCACUUCGAAAGCCCCUCGUGGUCCAGGUAAGUCUUUUAAUCUUAGUCCUUUGUUUGGUGUACCUGUUGAAUUGACAGUUAUUCUUAGGACAUCUUGAAAUCUGAACAGAUUGUUUUUAAUGUGAAAUUGUUGUUUGUUCCUCCUCAGAGAACACUGCUUCCCCGCACCACUGGAGACACUCCUCAACACGUCUGCUCCUUCUCCAUCCUCUCCAACUCAUCUGCCACAGGUAUGCCACCUGUCAACAUAACCCAUACACCUAGUUACAAAAUUAGAAAUUAAUUAGAAAACGUGCUUUUACUUAUAUAAUCACAGGAAGGAAGGAAGGAAGUAGCAUGUUUGAAGUAUCGGAAUGACAUUUUUUUGUUUGUAAUUAUUCUGCAGGAAUAAAAAGCACUGGGGAGCCGUAAUAUUCUGUGUUCGGGCCCAAAUAUGUUUUGUCCAACUAUCUGAACAGGGCUAGAAAUGCUCAACCAGUCAGCUCCAUAGUUUGGACAUGACUGACUUUUUUUAUUUUUACUGUCUCCCCUUCAGGAACAGGCUCCUUCCGGCCAAUCCAGCCCCGUCUCUCUCCCUCCACCCGUCCCCUCCUCCCCAGAACUCCGCCCAUCACCUCUAGCCCUGGGAUGUCCAGUCAGCUCUCCAGUACGUACCUCUUCUCUCUACCUGUUCAGGGCCUGAAACUAACUUUUUGGUCCACCAGCCACUGUGGCAGGUAGAUUUUAAAAAUCUAACAGAUACUCUGAUUUUUUUAAAACAAUAACUGUAUUACUAGUAAGAAGUAAUGUGGUAUAUUGCUUAAUUUCGUUUCAUUGUUUAUUACCGGAGUCUUUUAACCAAAAUAUCACAGAUGAGACAAAAACCCCUUUAAGAGGUGGAGGUUACCGUGGUAAUGCGACUCAUGUUUAUGCCUGUGAGAUUAAGCGAGUCUGACUAGUAGUCUUGUAGUUCAUCCCGCCCGCUUUUCAUACUGCAACCCCUGGCUUUCUAUCCGACUCCCACCUGCUACCAGAAGAACUGGUCCCGAACCCAACCGCAGUCCUGCAAUGUUAUUUUAGGCGUAUGUGACGCGCUCAUUUGCCAGCCAUGGUCCCAGCAAUUUUUCGCCCUAUAGGCAAUAUCAAAAUGCGCAAAAACAACCUAAGAAAUAGGUUAAAUUACCAGAGAUUAUCAUGUGGCCCAUUUUUUAUAUUAGGGUAUCGGUAUUCCUGGGCUAUAUCAGCCAAUAUGCUAGACGUCGUUUGAAGAGAGCAGAGUUGGAGAGACAUUCAUUUUCUCUUGAGCUACGUUUUAUAGCCUACCUUUCAGAAGUGGGACGAUUUUCAGACUGAUGAAAUACGGGUGAUUGAAUACAUAUUUCUAGGCAAUGCCGUAAACUAUAUCCUAAUCAUAUUUAGGAAGUACAUUUCCUUGGAACGAGCUUCUCCGCUCAUGCAUAGGCUAUAGCUAUAUAUAUAUAUAUAUAUAUAUAUAUAUAUAUAUAUAUAUAUACUCUAUUCAAUUGAGACCACACUCGCACCUGAUCUCUCACAUAUGGCUACUGAACUUGAAGCAGCAAGAAUGAUGACAGCGGACACUUGCACUUUCUCUUGAGCUACGUUUUGCAUAUGGGAUAUAGCCCUCCUUUUUUAGGAGGACGAUUUGCAGGCAGAGACAAAUGAGUAAUCAAUAUUUCUUGAAAAUGAAAGGGCGCAAUGCUUGCUCACCAUGGUAGCUUGUGCGCGUGUUGCGCCUUUUUUCCUUUUCAAGGAUCACAUUUAUUUUAUAGCACCUCAAUUUAUGUUGAUUGAGCGCCCUCCACUUUCCAUUAUCAAUAUGUAUUUAGACACUGUAGUAAACUAUAGUCUAAUCAUAUUUAAGUUAAUUUCCUUGGAAAAUGAACUCCUCUAUUUCAAUGAGACCACACAUAUACAGUUGAAGUCGGAAGUUAACAUACACGUAGGUUGGAGUCAUUAAAACUUGUUUUUCAACCACUCCAUACAUUUCUUGUUAACAAACUAUAGUUUUGGCAAGUCGGUUAGGACAUCUACUAAUUUUUCCAACAAUUGUUUACAGACAGAUUAUUUAACUUAUAAUUCACUGUAUCACAAUUCCAGUGGGUCAGAAGUUUACAUACACUAAGUUGACUGUGACUUUAAACAGCUUGGGAAAUUCCAGAAAAUGAUGUCAUGACUUUAGAAGCUUCUGAUAGGCUAAUUGACAUAAUUUGAGUCAAUUGGAGGUGUACCUGUGGAUGUAUUUCAAGGCCUACCUUCAAACUCAGUGCCUCUUUGCUUGACAUCAUGGGAAAAUCAAAAGAAAUCAGCCAAGACCUCAGAAAAAUAAUUGUAGACCUCCACAAGUCUGGUUCAUCCUUGGGAGCAAUUUCCAAACGCCUGAAGGUACCACGUUCAUCUGUACAAACAAUAGUAUGCAAGUAUAAACACCAUGGGACCACGCAGCCAUCAUACCGCUCAGGAUGGAGAUGUGUGCUCUCCUAGAGAUUAACGUACUUUGGUGCGAAAAGUGCAAAUCAAUCCCAGAACAACAGCAAAGGACCUUGUGAAGAUGCUGGAGGAAACAGGUACAAAAGUAUCUAUAUCCACAGUAAAACGAGUCCUAUAUCGACAUAACCUGAAAGGCCGCUCAGCAAGGAAGAAGCCACUGCUCUAAAACCGCCAUAAAAAAGCCAGACUACGGUUUGCAACUGCACAUGGGGACAAAGAUCGUACUUUUUGGAGAAAUGUCCUCUGGUCUGAUGAAACAAAAAUAGAACUGUUUGGCCAUAAUGACCAUUGUUUUGUUUGGAGGAAAAAGGUGGCCGCUUGCAAGUCGAAGAACACCAUCCCAACCGUGAAGCACGGGGGUGGCAGCAUCAUGCUGUGGGGGUACUUCCUGACAUCAGUCAGGAAGUUAAAGCUUGGUCGCAAAUGGGUCUUCCAAAUGGACAAUGACCCCAAGCAUACUUCCAAAGUUGUGGCAAAAUGGCUUAAGGACAACAAACUCAAGGUAUUGGAGUGGCCAUCACAAAGCCCUGACCUCAAUCCUAUAGAAAAUGUGUGGGCAGAACUGAAAAAGCGUGUGCGAGCAAGGAGGCCUAAAAACCUGACUCCGUUACACCAGCUCUGUCAGGAGGAAUGGGCAAAAAUUCACCCAACUUAUUGUGGGAAGCUUGUGGAAAGCUCCUCGAAACGUUUGACCCAAGUUAAACAAUUUAAAGGCAGUGCUACCAAAUACUAAUUGAGUGUGUGUAAACUUCUGACCCACUAGGAAUGUGAUGAAAGAAAUAAACGCUGAAAUCAUUCUCUCUACUAUUAUUCUGACAUUUCACAUUCUUAAAAUAAAGUGGUGAUCCUAACUAAGACAGGGAAUAUUUACUAGGAUUAAAUGUCAGGAAUUGUGAAAAAUGAGUUUAAAUGUAUUUGGCUAAGGUGUAUGUAAACUUCCAACUUCAACUGUACUAGGCACACUUGAUCUCGCACGCCCAACUAGGAGAGGAGAGAGGUAGGCUACUGAAGUUGAAGCAGCGAAUUCUGAGCGAAUAAUGCGACAAAGAUGAGCUUUUAAUACAAUAGGUAGGCUAACGCAUACAAAGCAGAAAGACGGGACCCAAAAAAUAUUUUUAUCCCGAAGUCGUCUGUAUAACUGCCCGCUCACUGAAAACAGCUUUGUAGUGGAUUUUCAUAAAUAAUACCAAAAAAGAGCCAUGAAAAAUGCCAACCGCGCCACAAUGAUCUGUCGGACCCGCAGCUCUCUACCGCGUCGUCUUCUCUUCCAUACCAGUUGAAACUCAAACAUUGAAAAACAACUUAGCUUGUGAACAAAACAAUGUAAAUAGCCAAGAAACACGAGGACAAAGUCUCACUUGAGUAGACUUUAGUUUCAAGUAAAUUAGAGCAGUGUUGCUGCGCUAUACAGGAUUCGUAGUUCUUUUGACUUUGUGCGAUUUCAUUUACCAGCUAAGAAAGAAAUACUUUGAAAACAACUACUGCAGCGGUUACACUUUAUAUACAAAAGUAUGUGGAUGCCCCUUCAAAUUGGUGGAUUCGGCUAUUUCAGCCACACCCGUUGCUGACAGGUGUAUAAAAUCGAGCACACAGCCAUGCAAUCUCCAUAGACAAACAUUGGCAGUAGAAUGGCCUUACUGAAGAGCUCAGUGACUUUCAACGAGGCACUGUCAUAGGAUGCCACCUUUUCCAACAAGUCCGUUUGUCAAAUUUCUGCCCUGCAAGAGCUGCCCCGGUCAAAUGUAAGUGCUGUUAUUGUGAAGUGGGAACGUCUAAUGGCAACAACGGCUCAGCCGCGAAGUGGUAGGCCACACAAGCUCACAGAACGGGACUGCCGAGUGCUGAAGUGCAUAGAACGUAUAAAACACUCACUACCGAGUUCCAAACUGCCUCUGGAAGCAACGUCAGCACAAUAACUGUUAGUCGGGAGCUUCAUGAAAUGGGUUUCCAUGGCCGAGCAGCCGCGCACACAAGCCUAAGAUCACCAUGUGCAAUGCCAAGCGUCGGCUGGAGUGGUGUAAAGCUCGCCGCCAUUUGGACUCUGGAGCAGUGGAAACGCAUUCUCUGGAGUGAUGAAACACACUUCUGGGUUUGGCGGAUGCCAGGAGAACGCUACCUGCCCGAAUGCAUAGUGCCAACUGUAGUUUGGUGGAGGAGGUAUAAUGGUCUGGGGCUGUUUUUCAUGGUUCUGGCUAGGCACCUUAGUUCCAGUGAAGGGAAAUCUUAACGCUACAGCAUACAAUGACAUUCUAGACAAUUCUGUGCUUCCAAUUUUGUGGCAACAGUUUGGGGAAGGCCCUUUCCUGUUUCAGCAUGACCAUGCGCCCGUGCACAAAGCGAGGUCCAUACAGAAAUGGUUUGUCGAUCGGUGUGGAAGAACCUGACUGGCCUGCACAGAGCCCAGACCUCAACCCCAUCGAACACCUUUGGGAUGAAUUGGAACGCCGACUGCGAGCCAGGCUUAAUCGCCCAACAUCAGUGCCCGACCUCACUAAUGCUCUUGUGGCUGAAUGGAAGCAAGUCCCCGCAGCAAUGUCCAACAUCUAGUGGAAAGCCUUCCCAGAAGAGUGGAGGCUGUUAUAGCAGCAAAUGGGGGAUCAACUCCAUAUUAAUGCCCAUGAUUUUAAAAUGAGAUGUUAGACGAGCAGGUGUCCACAUACUUUUGCUAAUGUAGUGUAUAUUGCUAUAAAUGUGAUCAUACUUGGUUAUUUGUAUUCACAAAUGCGAGUGAAAUUCUCGCACUGUGAAGCCCUGACCACCCACCAACGUGGCUGAUAAAAUAGACCUCUUACCCGCCAAUGCCAAAAUCUACUCCCAUUUGACAAGUGGCAGGUGUUCGGUUUAGACCCUGUUUUUUUUUUUUUUCUCUCCUCUUCUCUUUCACCUUUUUUAGACCAUUUUCUUAUUUUAAGGCCCACCUAGGCCAGGCCCACUGAUGCUGGAAAUUAGCGCAAGCUAAAGCGUGAUGGUGCAAUUCAUCUAUAAUCGGACUCUUGACAAUUCAAUGUGUGAUGAUUCUAUGUUUUUCCAUCCAGGUGCCAUUGACCUGGCAGCCAAGUCAGCAGGCAUCAUCCCAGGCAGCCCCUGUCGGGAGCUGGAGGCCCCCAGUCCAGACGGAAGGCCCCUCCUCUCGACCUCUCACCCUGGAGUGGUGCAUGCUGGUCCUGGUCCUACCCAGACACCGCUCCUCCAGCAGGCCUCCUCUGAGGUGAGUGGAACACUGAAAGAAGAAGGGAAAGAGAAACAGUGAUGGAGAGAAAGAUCUAAAAGACAACAGACCCUAUGUAUACCUGGGUCGUGUUCAAAAGGCCGGACACUGUUUUCAAAGAGGGAGGUGCUACAGGAACUUGUCCAAUAAGAGCACAGCUUUUCAUAUAUAUUUUUUAUACCUUAAUUCUAACCCUGUAUCAUUCUUUCACUAACCCUCCACCAGGUUUCACUGCAGAACGGCCUCCCCCCUCCAUCUCCAGGAGUGGCAGGUGACUCUCUCCUCUCCCCGCCCAGCAUGGCCUCUCUGCUGGACAUCUCUCUCCCGGGACCCCCGGAGGAAGCCAUGGCUCCUGGAGGGCCACAAACACACAUCAGUGACUCAAUCAUUGAGUUGGCCAUCAACUCGGCACACUAUGGUAAGGGAAGGGGGUGUUGUUAGGUGUGUGUGCUUCUAUAAAGGGGAUUUUGUACUGUUGUUUUUGUAGUGUUGCCUGAAUCUGUUUACAUCUCUCUCAUGUGCGCUCUCUCUUUGGCUCUCUCUCAGGUGAUGAGGCAUCCCUCUCUCCUGCCAAGUUGAAUGGUAGUGAGUGCUCUAAGCUCCUACCCUCUACCUCAGUCAGCCCCUCCAGAGGCUGGAUCCCUUCCCCCAGCCACGACCCUCAGUGGUACCCCAACGACUCCACUGACUCUUCAUUUGGCUGCCUGCUAUGUAAGACAGACACACACACACUUAUAUGUAUGAAUGCACGCACACACACACGUACAGUAUAUACGUACACGCAGCCACUAUCACCAGUCUCUGGCAGUGAUGAUUUUCAGUUGAACUGAACCUGAUGAUGAAGCCAAUUGAAGCAGGAUUACUCUGAGCCCAGAAGCAUUCUCUCAACUGAGAUUUAGUUUUGAAUUGUAUUGUCUCAAUUUCAAACAACUUUAACUCACUCCCUUCAUUCUCUCUCUCUCUCUCCUCUCUCUCUCUCUCUCUCUCUCUCUCUCUUUCUCUCUUUCUCUCUUUCUCUCUUCUCUCUCUCUCUCUCUCCCCCCCACACACACAGCAAGUCUGGUGUCUCCUGAUAAGGGCAGACGAAGCUCCCUGACCCCCUCCAGUGGAACAGCCCUCCUCGGACCCAGAUUUCUGGACUGCAACUCCCAUGAUUCCUUUCAGUCCCGCGGCCUGCCAGACGUAGCAGAGGUAAGACCACCCCAUUAGGAAGCGUAUUGCUACACCCCUCCCUUGCACAAUUUUCACCUUUUUGUUUCCUUACAGUUUAAAUCAAAGAUACAUUUAUUUCUCAAAUGCGCCGAAUACAACAGGUGUAGACCUUACCGUGAAAUGCUUACUUACAAGCCCUUAACCAACAAUGCAGUUUUAAGAAAAAAUAAAUAAACUAAAGUAAAAAAUUAAAGAGCAACAAUAACAAGGCUAUGUACAGGGGGUACAGAUUAGUCGAGGUAAUAUGUACAUGUAGGUAGGGAUAAAUUGACUAUGCAUAGAAAAUAGAUCAUAAACAGCAAGUAGCAGCAGCGUAAAGAAAGGGGGGGUCAAUGCAAAUAGUCCGGUUAGCCAUUUGAGUAGCUGUUCAGCAGUCUUAUGGCUUUUGGACCUAGACUUGGCGCUCCGAUACUGCUUGCCGUGCGGUAGUCAAGAACAGUCAAUGACUAGGGUGGGUGGAGCCUUUGGCAAUUUGUAGGGCCUUCCUCUGACAGAGGUCCUGGAUGGCAGGAAGCUUGACCCCAGUGAUGUACUGGGCCGUGCGCACUAACCUCUGUAGCGCCUUGCGAUCGGAGGCAGAGCAGUUGCCAUACCAGACGGUGAUGCAACCAGUCAGGAUGCUCUCAAUGUGCAGCUGUAUAACUUUUUGAGGAUCUGAGGACCCAUGCCAAAUCUUUUCAGUCUCAGGAGGGGGAAUAGGCGUUGGUGUGCCCGCUUCAUGACUGUCUUGGUGUGUUUUGACCAUGAUAGUUUGUUGGUGAUGUGGACACCAAGGAACUUGAAGCUCUCAACCUGCUCCACUACAGCCCCAUCGAUGAGAAUGGGAGCGUGCUCUGCCCUCCUUUUCCUGUAGUCCAUGAUCAUCUCCUUUGUCUUGAUCACGUUGAGGGAGAGGUUGUUGUCCUGGCACCACACUUCCAGGUCUCUGACCUCCUCCCUACAGGCUGUUUCAUCGUUGUCUGUGAUCAGGCCUACCACUGUUGUGUCAUCGGUAAACUUAAUGAUGGUGUUGGAGUCGCAGUCAUGGGUGAACAGGCAGUACAGGAGGGACUAAGCACGCACCCCUGAGGGGCCCCGUGUUGAGAAUCAGCGUGGCAGAUGUGUUGUUGCCUACCCUUACCACCUGGGGCGGCCCGUCAGGAAGUCCAGGAUCCAGUUGCAGAGGGAGGUGUUUAGUCCCAGGGUCCUUAGCGUAGUGAUGAGCUUUGAGGGCGCUAUGGUGUUGAACACUGAGCUGUAGUCAACGAACAGCAUUUUCACAUAGGUGUUCCUUUUGUCCAGGUGCAAUAGAUUGCGUCAUCUGUUGGGGUGGUAUGCAAAUUGAGUGGGGCUAGGGUUUCUGGGAUGAUGGUGGUGAUGUAGCCCUGACCAGCCUUUCAAAGUACUUCAUGGUUACAGACGUGAGUGCUACGGCUAGGUAGUCAUUUAGGCAGGUUCCCUUGGUGUUCUUGGGCACAGGGACUAUGGUGGUCUGCUUGAAACAUGUAGGUAGUACAGACUGGGCCAGGGACAGGUUGAAAAUGUCAGUGAAGACACUUGCCAGUUGGUCAGCGCAUGCUCGGAGUACACGUCCUGGUAAUCCAUCUGGCCCUGCGGCCUUGUGAAUGUUGACCUGUUUAAAGGUCUUGCUCACAUCGGCUACGACGAGCGUGAUCACACAGUCCUCCGGAACAGCUGGUGCUCUAAUGCAUGCUUCAGUGUUGCUUGCCUCGAAGCGCACAUAGAAGUAAUUUAGCUCAUCUGGUAGGCUUGUGUCACUGGGUAGCUAGUUUAGAGUUUGAAUACAUUAUAUUGUAUUUUUUUUAAAGCAACACCAAAUUCUUACUUUUUGGGCAAAUGUAUUAAAAACAAGAUUCCAAUGUUGGUCACCCCCUUGUCAAUACUCUGUGGAAGCAUGUUCUUCUGUCAUUCCGUGACAAUCUAAUAUGUGGUUAUCUUCGUCCCUGCAGGUAGACACCCAGCUGGCCUGCAUGAUGAGUGAGAGCAGCGUGGAUUACAUCGCCCGCUUCAACGAUUUGGCACAGGAGCUGGCCGUCACAGAGCCGCACCUCCCACCACCUUGAGUUUGAAUAGACUGGGUGCGGCUUUAAAAAAUGUCUGUCACAUAGCUGCCCCUCCCGCCCUCAUAAGUUUGAAUGGAACUGGGGCGGGGUUUAGGAUCUGUCUGUCACAGAGUUGCCCCUCACACUCCUUCAGACUUAAGAAGGACAAAGGGGGUGGAGAAACACUCCUUCCGCUAUAUAGUUUGUAAAAGAAAGUGCAAUAACCAUGGCCAUUGGCCUGAACAGAAAAAGCACUCAAAUCUACCUUGGCACAGUCCAACUGGAACAGGUUUAAACGGGUUCUGAUGGUUCUAAUGGGUUCUGAAAUGGUUUCAGAUGGUUCUGAAGGUCUGUGGUCCGGUUUCAACUGGUUCUAAAGGAACGUGGACUAGUUCCAACUGGUUCUGAUGGCCUGUGGACCGGUUUCAACUGAUUCUGAUGGGGUCGGAUCUGGUUUCAACUGGUUCGGAACUGGUUCUGACCGGUUUCAACUGGUUCUGACAGGUUCCAGCUGGCAUGUUUGUUUGGACCAUUCUGUCUGUUCUGCCUAGCGAGCCGCCCUUUUUUAAAAACACUUAAAAAAUGAAUCCCGUUUACAAAACAUAACCUCAUGUAAAGAAAAAAACUAUGCCAUAUCUGAACAAAAGACUGGGUCUCUGUCUGUGUAUCUUUCCAUUUCUCUGUCCUUGUCCUUUUCGCUCCCUCUUCUUCCCUCUGAGAAAUAUCAAACCGAAGACAUUUGAGUGCAAAAUGUAAAUGUCAGAUAAACUUGAAAAGAACUACUGAUGAACUGCUGGUAGCGUUUCCUUCUCCAUCUUGUCAGUUUUAGUCGUCCGUGUGAACUAACACAUCACUUAAUCAUUUAAUCUGUUGAAACUGAAUAAGCCAUAUGAGUGGAACUGAUGUGAAUUUGUAUCCCAGGCCAAACAUACGUGUGUCUGACUGUCUGUGUCCCUUCUCCAUAUCAAAGCAAAAACGUUUGACACUCCACUUCCACAUCUACUCCAACUCCCACUAACCCAGCUACAUCGCUGUGUUAGUGUCUGGUUUUUCUUCUCAACCAACGCUUUGAAACUACCUGAAAGCUCACUUCAUUUUUCUGUAGCAAAACGUUUUGUAACGUUGCGCCCUACUGAACACAAACAACCCUUGUGUGCUUUUGUGUGACACCACACCAGGCGCUCCAUCCUAUGAUGCCUGGUUGUCAGUAAAGGGGCGUGUUUUAGAGAGGUCCCCAGCUGACUAAAGGACCAAUCAUAUUGAGGGGUUUUAUAGACAGAAAUAUGGUCACGUUCCAGGAUGACUACGUUGGAGAUGUUGCAUUGCAUCAACCAAUGUUUGUGUGCCACGUCAUCGACUAUGCAGUCCGGCAUCAGAUUACUACGGUCGAGAUCCUGCCUGACUACAUUGCAGCAAAUGCCAGAAAUUAAGAAGCGUGUUUCCAGGACGAACUGUGUGUCCAAAUUGGCACCCUAUUUCUUAUAUA